AUGGCAACGGAGUUGGACAAGUGCAGGAAGGAGCGAGGCGCGUGCUGCCAUGUCGAGCCCAACAGCUCCGGCACGUGGGCCAUGCUCGUGUCGGCGACGUUCAAGUGCGACGAGACCGGCCUCUACCGCGUCCACGCGAAUGAGUUUUCGCUGGCUCGUCUGCGAUAUGUCGCUGGCGUCAGGGGCCAAACGAACACAGGGUGCUUCAGUGGCGGCGACCGUGGCCCGCCGGCGUCGAUUGUUUUCGUCGCGCCAUUGUUCAAAAUGGUCGUCCAAGUCAAGCAGCCGUUGCUCCAGCUCAAAGAAAAGUGGCUGGCCAAGCAUCAAAAGCCGCAAGUCGGGCCGUUCGCGGACGAAAUCACACAGAUCAAGGAAAUCUUGAAGGACCACGACACGCAGUGUAACCUGCUUCCCCUCAAGUUUCAUCGCCACAUCAAACCCCCCGUCCAACCGCUCCAGCGCCACUUGGUCGAAAAGGAGGUCGUGGCGGGGAAAGCGGUCCCGUUCAGCAAAGUCAUGGUCAAGAAGGAGCGCCGCGCCAUGAAAAUGAAAACCGUCGUUGUCACGGCCCCGCUGCGAACCAUCUACGAGUCCGACGACUACGAAUCCCAGUGCAAGCGGCAGCAUGCGCCCAUGCCGACGUUGGUCAAGUAGACAUCAAACUAAUUUAGUCCCUAUUUACUACAAGUUGCAUGUAUCAUGCAAAACGAUG